AUGACUGUCGAUAACUCUAUCGUGGAAUCCUCAAGCACCAACGCACAAACUCUAGCAGAUUUAUCGAAUGUAAACUCAAAAUAUUAUCAGAAAAAUCUAAUAAAUUAUUUAAGAGAUUGUUUAAAUUCAUUGAGUAAAGCUAUAGAAAAUUAUUCGAUAUUUAACGACACAAGAGCAAAUGAAUUUCGAAAAGAAAUUGAAAGAGUAAGAAAUAAAUUAAAGUCUAAUAGAGGGGUAGAAGGUUCCUCUGAUAGAAGUGAUUUGCUGGAUUUAAAUGUCUGUCUUAUCGGCAAUACCGGGUCUGGAAAAUCUUCGCUUAUAAAUGCGUUACUUAAUCAUCAAGUGAUGCCAACGGCUGGAUCUGGCGAAGCAUGUACAUCGUUCCUUUGGAGGAUAUCACACAACGAUAACGCAUCAAAUGAUUCGGAAUUUACGGCUAAAAUUUUUUUUAAAAGGUUUGAAGAAUAUCAAAGGGAAGUCAAACAAGCAUUCGAAUUGUUGAGUGAAGAGGAAGAUAUCGAUUCUCAAAUUUUAUCAAAAAAGAAUGAAUCUGAAAAAUUGCUUGAAACUCUGUUCGGUCCAGGGAUGUCAUACGUAGUUAUCGAUGAUAAUAAUAAGGAAAUCGUAUUUGGACCAAAUAAGAUAACCAAAUCAAUGGCGAUGGCGGACAAAUCAAUACAAGAACUUCUUAAAAUUCCAAUUCAUGAAACAACACCAAAACGUGAUGCCAAAGAACUUUCAAAAACAUUAAAAAAAUUUCUUCCGCCGAAAGGUCAUGAUAAAAGUUCAUCGUCCGCAUCUAGUAGUAUACCGUAUUGGCCUUUUAUUAAAGAGAUUCACAUUCAAGGACCUUUCGAAGCAUUGAGGAAUGGUGUAGUAUUGAUCGAUGUACCUGGUAAUUGCGACAUUAAUGAAAAUAGAAGUCAAACUGCUAAAAGUGCUUUAGAUAUUACGGAUCAUAUUUGGAUCAUCAGUAAUAUUAAAAGAGCUAUCAGUGAAGAAAGUACUGCAAAUAUUCUUAGCGAAAGUCUUCGUGAUCAGCUUAAAAUGACUGGAAAAUAUCUAUCGCGUACUUUUAUCUGUACACAUUCAGACAUUAUAACUCUCGACGAUUCUGAUGAUGAAAUCGACGAAAGAUCAAAUGAGUUAAAUGACGAGCGAGAAAAAUUAGAAGAUGACAUCAAAUUUAUCAAGGAAGAUAUUGAAGAGCUAAAGGAAGGAGAAUUUGAAGAAGAUACCCACUUUGAUCCGACCAAAUUUGAAUUUAUAAAAGAUUGUAAGAAUACUUGCGAUUUGCAAGUUUUCACCGUUAGCUCAACAGAAUACAUGAAACUUAAGCGAACUAUGCAAGAUACCGAGAUCCCAAAACUUGUAAAUCAUCUAAAAGAAAUAAGUAAAAUCAAUAUUUCAAACAAGAUUAAUAAUAUAAUCAAAAAUAUCAACGCUUUAAUAGAAUCAAUGUUAAGAUAUACGAAUGAUAAUAUUUUAUUGGAUACGAUUGACAAAAGGCAACAAGCAAAAACUAAAUUUAAUGAUGAAAAGAUUAGAUUAAUAUAUGAAUAUAAGAAUAUAAUAGGAGAGAUCAUGAAAAAAUUUUCGGAUGAAAUAGAUAAAUUUGUUUUAAAAAAAAUCGACGAUAUUGGUAGAAUUGAAGCCGAAAAUAAAUGUAUUACUACAAUUAAUCGUUAUGGGCGUUAUCUUCAUCAUGCCAUUUGGAAAGCCACUGUAAAAAGAGAUGGAUAUUACAUAGAUUCUAAUGGUGUAAUUCAUAACUUUAAUGCAGAUUUAAUUCAUCCUAUUAUAAAAUCAGUGACGAAUAAUUGGUUUAUAGUAUUUAGUGAAAUACCAAAAAGUUUAGUUGAACUACUUGAUACUCAAGUUAAUAAAGAAAUAACGAGGUUUUUCGAAGCUAUUGAUAAAACAAUAUUAACCAUAUCACCAGAUAAGAAAAAAUAUAUAGAAAAUUUUCAAUUAGAGAUUAAAGAUAAUAGAGAAUUGAAAAUGAAUAAUAUUAAAGAAAAAAUUUUAGAUAAUAAUAAAUCAAUGUUAUUUGAUUAUGCCAUAAAUGAAUUUAAAACAAAAAUUCCAAUAUCAAUUGAUAGAUUAAAUGAAUAUAUUGUUGGUACAGUAUUAACAACAUUAAAAGAAAAUCUUGAAAAUGAUUAUGCUUGUUUUUGGGAAAUUAGUAAAAAAUCAAAUAUAUUUUUACAAGAAAAGGAUAGUUUUAUAGUGGAUGUUAAUAAAAUUAUUGAUAGAUUAAAAUUAAUUCAAAAAAAUUUAAAUGAACUAAUUUUGAAAGAAAAGGAGAACGUUGAAACGGUUAAAGGAAGAUCGAAAAAAAAGAGAAAAGAAGUGUUGUUGGAAAGAUAA